CCUCAGCUCAGAACCUUAAAAAAAAAAUCCCCUGUUCCUGUUCCUGUUCCUGUUCUUCUCUCUCUGUCCGACACCAUCUUCUUCUUCUUCUUCCCCAAACCCCCUCCACUCGCCUUGCGAAUCCUCCACUCCCUCCUUAUCCAGCGCCCAUCCCCUGCUUAUCCUGCUCACAUUCUCCUCCUCCUCCGCCGUCCUCCUCCGCCGCCGCCGCCGCCGCCGCCGCAUUCGCCGGAGGAGACAAUGGGGAAGGGAGGGUCGCUGAGCGAGGGGGUGGUGCGGAAGAUCGUGCUGUCCUACACCUACGUGGCCGUCUGGAUCUUCCUCUCCUUCACCGUCAUCGUGUACAACAAGUACAUCCUCGACCGGAAGCUCUACAACUGGCCCUUCCCCAUCUCCCUCACCCUCCUCCACAUGUCCUUCUGCUCCGCCCUCGCCUUCCUCCUCGUCAACGUCUUCCGGGUCGUCGAGCCCGUCGCCAUGUCCCGGGAGCUCUACCUCUCCUCCGUCGUCCCCAUCGGCGCCCUCUACGCCCUCUCCCUCUGGCUCUCCAACUCCGCCUACAUCUACCUCUCCGUCUCCUUCAUCCAGAUGCUCAAGGCCCUCAUGCCCGUCGCCGUCUACUCCAUCGGCGUCCUCCUCAAGCGGGACCCCUUCAAGUCCCAGACCAUGCUGAACAUGGUGUCGAUCUCGCUCGGCGUCGCCGUCGCCGCGUACGGCGAGGCCAAGUUCGACGCCUGGGGCGUCGCCCUCCAGCUCGGCGCCGUCGCCUUCGAGGCCACUCGGCUGGUCCUGAUCCAGAUCCUCCUCACCUCCAAGGGGAUCCAGCUCAACCCCAUCACGUCGCUCUACUACGUCGCCCCCUGCUGCCUCGUCUUCCUGCUCGUGCCGUGGGUCUUCGUCGAGUACCCGGUGCUCGCGGAGGCCUCCAGCUUCAGCCCCGACCUCGUCGUCUUCGGGACCAACUCCCUCUGCGCCUUCGCGCUCAACCUGGCCGUGUUCCUGCUCGUCGGGAAGACCUCGGCGCUGACGAUGAACGUGGCCGGCGUGGUGAAGGACUGGCUGCUGAUCGCCUUCUCGUGGUCGGUGAUCAAGGACACGGUGACCCCCGUGAACCUGUUCGGGUACGGGCUCGCCUUCCUGGGCGUGGCGUACUACAACCACUCGAAGCUGCAGGCGCUCAAGGCGAAGGAGGCGCAGAAGAAGGCGGCGCAGGCGGGCGAGGGGGAGGCCAGGAAGCUGCUGGAGCAGAGGGAAGGAGAAGGGCCGAUGGGAGAGAAGAGGGACCCUCAAGCCUGAGGAUGAUUCCUUGAAUGUACGAUGCCCGAGAAGGCGAGAUCGGGAAAUUGGUUCGAUGGCCACUCGAACAACGAAAAUGGAUGACUUCUGGGCAAUGCGGUUGAGUAUUGAGCGCAUGCAAGAUCUAAUUUGGGGGGUUGAUUUCUCUCUCGACGUGCUCUUUGGGUGAAUUCUUGUUGAUUAUGCAGUGUCUGCAUAUGCAUUCUUGCAGUUUCUUGCUCUGCUUCGCUUGCUGGUUAUGAGGUUUAUUUCUUUUAUUAGUGUACUCAAAAGCCUUAUUUACUAGAGGUGAAGAGUCUCUUAUUGCUAGUCAGUGUCCUCUGUUGCUGCAAAUUUUGGUUCCUUCUUUUGUAUCCUAAACCUCCUUGUCACUUGUGGAGAUUUACUCCUGAUUUUGCCCUUGAAUAAUCUCAUGUGCCCUGUCCUGUGAAGGCCUUCUUUUGUUGUCA